AUGUCAUCUCUUAUGAAACUCUAUGCUGGCAAUAUUGAUGUUGGUCCAAAGUUUGUUUCUUCUGUUCGCUCUUAUGUUGCUACGUGGCGUUCCAUCUACCAAUCAUUGUCGCCUGAUUCGGUUGUGGCCUUCAACGCUUUGGCUUCAAUGGGUCCCAAUUGUGAGCGCUUCAUCCAAUUGUCAACCAUAGUUUCCCACCCAAACUCACGUGCAUUAUCAACUGCACUAGUCUGCGACAACAUUGCAUGCUCAACACAGUACGCCUUGGAGCACCGCUUUGAUAGUAACAACAAUACUGACAACCUUGAUAUCAACAACUUCAUCCGGAACACUGAUAAAUGGGCCAAGUUGUUGAAGAUUACUGGACCCCCUGCUACUCUUUCGACUGAAGCGUUCGUUGCUUCAUCAAAGAAGUACAAUAACAAAUCUAAGGGUGAUGGUAUCAAAUGUUUUCGUUGUAAGAGGCGUGGUCAUACUUCCAACAAUUGUCAUGUCUCUUGGGAAGAGGUUCAGGCUGCUCGCCAAGAUAAUAAGGAUGACAAGGAAUCUAAAGAGGCUAAAACCUCAAGAGGUUGGUUUGCUGAGACUAUUGACGAAUUUUCUGAGAUAGUUGAUGAUGAUCCAUUUGUGAGUUCCGCUUUUGUGUCCGAGACAUCUGUUGUUUCUGAAAAGUUUGGUAACAGUUGCUCCGAGUCGUUUGAUGAUUUGGAAUCCGAACUUUUUGAUUCUUCUGAGCCGUGUGUCGGCGAUGAAGAUUGUUUUGUUGGUCAAGUUUCUGAGUAUUGUUCAAACUCAGGACUUGAUAUUGAUUCAGUUGGUAAACCGUUUGUUAGUUCCACUGAUGAUUCUUGUUUUAAUUCUGAACCGUAUGUCGGUUCUACUGUUGUUUGUUUGGAGUCUGAACCGUGUGUCAGUUCAGCUCCUAUUUGUUUUGAUUCUGAAUCGUUGGUCGAUUCGGAUGUUGUUCCUUUUGAUUCUGAACCGUUGGUCGGUUCUUCUUUUAUUUCUUGUUCUGAUUCUAAACCGUUGGUCGGUUCUGAUGAUGAUAUUGUCUUUACCUUCUUUUGA